AGAGCAACACACACGAACGAACGAAAAGGGAAACGCAAGCAGCAGUAGUAGCAGAAGCAGCAGCAACAGCAAUGAAAACGAGUUUCUCUUGAAGCACUUUUUUGUCGUCCAUCGUCCGUAAAUGCUAGAAUAACAAAAUAACCCCGUUAGUUAACAAUGGAAGUCAUUCCCAAAGGGAGGAACUUCCGCAUCGUCGCUGACAAGGAACUUUUAUCCGUGCUCGAUGAGUUGCAAGGAUAUCUUCCGCACUGCAUCAAGUUCCACGAAACAAUUAAAACCUAUUUGAAUGACAAGGUUUGGCAAUUUUACUUUUACGUGACGAAAGACUGGCCCGAUGUCAAACUUUGCCUACAUUUUCCUGGUUGUACAUUGACGCCUAAUAACGAGCUGUACGAAAGCUUUGGAGUUUUCUGUCCAACGGAUCAACUAGAAUAUUUGAGCUUGCUGCAUGACGAGGACAUCCUAAUCGAUUGGAACAAAACGAUUUAUGUGAAUUUUGCACAGGAAGUCGUUAUAAAUCGAUUGGAGCCAUUUUAUAAGAAUAUUGGUAGUAUAGAGCAAGUGUCUGCUGAAGUGUUUACUUAUGAUAUAAAUGCCGUGCUUCCUGACAUUGAAAAGUUCCCACAAGAAGAAGUAGAACUGCGUGCUUUAUCCUUAAAAGACGUUAAAGACAUACACGAUUUGUAUCCUGCUGGCAACAUGGAGAGCAUCGAGGUGUUCCAAAAGCUACUGGAAAAGUUACCUGGCUGCGGUGUCUUUUCGCGCGACGGCGAACUCUUGGCCUGGAUGGUGCAAUCCUACUACGGAGCAAUGUUUUCGAUGCAAACGAAACCCGACCAUCGUCGCAAAGGCUACGGCAUAUGGUUGGCAAAAACUUUAACUGAAAUUGUGAUUAAACGAGGAUAUCUUCCAUUUGUUGUGAUAAGACCUGAAAAUAACGCAAGUAAGGGUUUAUACAAAAAGUUAGGAUUUAAAAAGAAAUUUAACGUAGUAAGAGCUAUAUUUACACCUUUAGAAAAGCCAAUAUCUAUAAACUAGCUUAGUUCUCUCCAAACCACAAAAAACAACACACAAACAAACACAUCCUCUUUAUAAAAUAUAUAUAUCCCUUAACUAUAUACAUACAUUCGAUAUUCUGAACCAAAAGUGUUACUUUUUCGACUUAUUUUCUUAUAAAAAUUUUAUUUUUGUACAACGAGAAAAAAAAAACGAAAGAAAAAUCCAAAUUUUGUACCUAAAAAACUUUUAGCAAUCAUUUUAAUUAACUACUUCCGUUUUUCGAAAAAUCUAUCGUUUAUGUGUGCCUUUUAAACACAUAGUUUUUUGUAAUUGAAUGGAUUUCGCGCGUUGGAUUUUAUGAAGAAAUGUAAAAAGUUAGCUAGCUAGGCAUGAGAAUCUCCAGUCUUACCAACAUAUUUAAUUAAUUCAAUUUUUUUUUAGAUAUUUUUAAUCUUUGGUGUCUUUCUCUAUCAUAUACAAAAAAAAAAAUUAAAAAUAAUUUUAAGACAUUUGCACCUUUUUAAGUAUUAAAAAAAUUAGGACGAUAAAAAAAAUAUAUAAAAAAAAUUAACUUUCUUCAAAAGAAAUCUAUAAAUGCCUAAAAAGAAACGGUAUCCAGCCGUCGUCGCGUAAAAAAAAUUAAAUAAAAAUUUGAGCCGCUGCAAUUUAUAAAAAAAAACUUUGCUAUAAGAGUUUCAAUUAUUAACACACAACAAACAAACAAAACA